AUGUUCAAGAGUGUGCAGUAUUUCGAUAGCUCUGUACAGUCGCCUUCAGACUCAGAGGUGGAACCGACAGAGUCACGUGGCGAUGAUAGUGGUAGUGAGGUGGGACCUAAAGCGCCAGUUCAGCAGGGAAGUAGGGACAAGCACGUACGGAUUAUGGUUGAUGAAGAUGAUGACGAUGCAGACGAGAAGCAGGAAGGUGGCGAAAGGACUGGCGAUUGUCUUCCCUCUUUCCAGAAGAGACCUUUAAGCGAUACGCCCGUGACUAGCACUUGGAACUCACCUGCUAGCUCGACGGAUAACACGCCGCUGACCUCCCCAGAGUCCAGUUCCACGAAUCUGACGCAUUUGCUACCUCAUCGUGAGGUGAGCAGUGAGGGAGCGGCUAUUCCAGCGGGCGUUCGUGAAUCUAUGUCCCCACCAGCGGCCUCUGGUGCACUAUCGCCUUCCAGAUUCCCACAUCCAACUAGGCGACCCACCACGAUCGACGUUCCAGGUCUUACCAAAUCUAAGUCGUCUCCUGAUGGUACUAUAUCCAAGGAGGAUCCCGGUUCGAAGUUGGUUAUCGUCAUGGUUGGGCUGCCGGCUACUGGGAAAUCGUUCAUCACUAAUAAGCUUUCCCGUUACUUGAAUUUCUCAAUGUACUAUUGUAAAGUGUUCAACGUCGGUAACACUAGAAGACAAUUCGCCAAAGAGCAUAAUAUAAGCGAUCAGGAUUCCAAGUUUUUCGAUCCAGGUAAUAAUGAGUUUUCGAAGCUACGAGAUAAAUGGGCUAUGGAUACAUUGGAGCAACUCCUAGAUUAUCUUUUAGAAGGUCCUGGGUCUGUGGGGAUUUUUGAUGCCACUAAUACCACGAAAGAGAGAAGAAAACAUGUUUACAAUAAGAUUCAUGAGAGAAACCCGCAUUUGAAAGUGUUGUUUUUAGAGUCAGUUUGCUCAAACAAGGCUGUCGUUGAGAGAAAUAUACAAUUGAAAUUAUUUGGGCCGGAUUAUAAGGGGAAGGAUCCUGACGCUUCACUUAAAGAUUUCAAAGAAAGGCUUUCUAAUUAUAUGAAGGCGUACGAGCCAAUCGAGGAUUCUGAAAAUUUCCAGUUUAUCAAGAUGAUUGACGUGGGGAAGAAAGUUAUCGCUUAUAAUAUUCAGGGUUUCCUUGCUUCUCAAACUGUCUACUAUCUAUUGAACUUCAACUUAACGGAGCGCCAAAUUUGGAUCACUAGAAAUGGUGAAAGUGAAGAUAACGUUGAUGGCCGUCUUGGCGGUGAUUCGAAUCUAACACCCCGUGGCGAGCGUUAUGCCCGUGCAUUGGCAUCUUUCAUCGACUCUCAAAGAACAUUGUUCUACGCUAAUGAAUGUGAAAAGAAAGGUAAAAGUCCAGGAGAUGAUGAUACCCAAUGUAACGAGUUUUUUGUGUGGACCAGUAUGCGUAACAGAUCUAUCGAAACGGCCAAAUUUUUCAACGAAGAAGAUUACCCAAUCAAGCAAAUGAGGAUGCUCGAUGAAUUGAGUGCUGGUGAUUUCGAGGGUAUGACCUACCCAGAGAUACAAGAGGAAUACCCAGUAGAAUUCGAGAAAAGGCGCAAAGACAAACUACGCUAUCGUUAUCCCGGUAUUGGUGGAGAGUCAUAUAUGGAUGUAACCAAUCGUUUGAGGCCGGUCAUUGCAGAGAUUGAAAGAAUCGACGAUAAUGUUCUUAUAAUUACACAUAGGGUGGUUGCCCGAAUCCUAUUGGGGUAUUUCAUGAAUCUCAACAAGGAUAUAAUCGCCAACGUUGACGUCCCCUUGCACUGCGUCUAUUGCUUGGAGUUGAAACCUUAUGGGAUUACAUGGGCCCUUUGGGAAUUCGAUGAGUCGACUGGUGAUUUCUUUAAAGUACCACAAUCGGAGAUGAACACGACAAAGGUUAAGGAAAACGAGCUAGUCUACAAAGAAAGACGUUAUUCUCUCGUUCCCACGGCUCCAGCCAGUGCAAACAACUCUUUAUCAGAUGUUCGCGUAAGGAAAAAUGAUUCGAGUAGGUCAUCUUCACUAACCAGAGAUGAAAGCAGUACUUCACUAUCCACAAGCUCCGACACCAAAGAUGUUAUGCAUCCAAACUCUGCGCCGGCAAUCCCCUUCGCUCAUGGAUUACCAACUAUUACUAAUCUCAUGGAUGGAGGCGGGACCUCGAUCUCCACUAAUCGUCCAAGACAAACCACUGCAUUACAAAAUCAUGUUAAAUCUUCAUUAUUGAACAACUCCAUGGGAAAUUUGAGACCGGCAACAUCGCCAAGACAAACAUUUGAAAUUGACAAAUUAAAUCAAAAGUUAGCCAAUCUGAAAACGCGUUCCCCAAGAAAGUCCGGAGAUGAGAAGGACACUGAACUAGCAAAAAUCGAUACCAACACAUUAUCAAGAAAAUCGAGUGAUGUGCAGCAAAAGUAG